UGCAGUCAUCUCCUAAAUCCUCAAUCCGGACCUUAAAAAGUGUAUCGACUAUGCCAACCACAAGUUUUCACAGCAUAUCUGAGUCUGAAAUCAUGAACACAAUUAUAGUAAAGAGGAAAUAAGCACAGGUUCAACCCUGAUGAUAAGAUAUUUCAGCUCAAAGGCCCAAUUGUUGGAGAAAAUAAGAGAUCUAACGACGCAUGACGAGUUUGUGACCUCCCUCUUGGCAAAAAGCAAAAGAAUUGAAACUUCUGUGGCUAUGCUUGCUGAAAAUCAUGUUGCUAUAAACUAGUCCCAUUCUUUAAAGAUAAGACUCGUUUAGGAGUUGCCUGAGAGAUUUGAAUCACCAAAAUGCAUAUUUACAAGUCCUAUAAACAAUUUAAGAAGGAGGAGUAUAAACUAGAGAACCAGCUUGAAGCAGAAAAACACACAUUCGACUCCCUUCUUAAACAGAAGGAAGAUCAUGAGGAAGAAAUUGAAAAACUUAAGAAUGUGUUUGAUAUCGAAGAAGAUUACGAUGAUGAAAUCAGCUCGUAUUUACUAGCCAUAAAGAAGGAAACACAAAAGUUAGAGGAUGUUCAAAAAGUUGGCCGUCAGGACCAGAACUUACUCGAAUUCUACAUCAAAGAGAUCGAUAAGGCACAAGAUGAGAUAUGUGAAACUGAAAGUCAUAUUCGCAAACUUGAAAAAGAGAUUAAUGAUAUCGAGUCUGAACACAGAGAAAUUGAAUUCAAUAUUGAUGAAGCCAGAGAUGAGCUCAAGCCUUAUGAACAAAAGUACAUAGAGAAGCUGAAUGAAAAUACAAGCAUUAUGACUGACUCGCUUGAAGUUACGUACCAAGAACGGCUGACUAAGAUGUCGAAAAAGGUAUCUCCUUUGACUAACGGGAGCCUGAGGAGUUCAAGAAAAACCAAUAACAGUUCAGUCAUUACAGAUCAAAGGUCGAGAAGAUCUAAGAGAGCUAACCAGACGAGUCAUAAUUUCUGAAAGACAUCGGAUGGGAAACAAAAAUGUAUCAUCUUUUAAGAAUAACCAGACUAAGGUCAUUACAACUACUUCA